AUGUUGUUUAGGAUUUUGGCGGUGCUCCUCCUCUGCUUGUCCUUGGGCAUGUGUGCCACUUUAAGCUUGUACCAGACGGAAACCAAGGAGGACGAGGAGGCUGCUGCCGUGGCGACCCCGGCUGCAGAUGCCCAUGUAGGAGAUUCCUCUGACACUAACUCUUUUUUUGGUGACAACCUGUUGGCUAAAGUACUCGGCGUGGAUAACCAGGGGGGUAGUCAACCUGAAGUGGAGGCUGAUGGUGCAACAGUCAGAGAGCCAGGAAAUGACAGUGAUAAACCUGCCACGGAAAGCCUUAUUAAGGAAGCUGUCAAUCAGAGACCUCCGUCUGGGGAGGAGGCCAAUGACAUCAGACCAGCCCAGGCGAAUAAGUCCCAAAACAAACCUCAAGCACAAGAAGACGAAAACAGUUGGAGCUUCAACUCAAUUAGAAAUAGUUUUCAGAAUGUUCAUGGGUACUUUGACUCCCUGGUCGAGCUUGUUGGAGGACGCAAUGGCAUUUGCCAGUAUCGCUGCAGAUAUGGCGAACUUCCACUUCCUCGCCCAGGCUACCAGCAAGCAGAGCCCAACGGCUGCAGCUCUUCGCUGGUUGGAUUCCAGGUGAAUGCUGCUCUUGACAUGGGAAUCCCCGCCAUGACAACGUGCUGCAACCAGCUUGAUACGUGCUACGACACUUGUGGCUUGAAUAAGUAUGACUGUGACGCCAAGUUUCGCUCAUGCUUGCUCAGCAUCUGCUCUGACCUAAAGAAGAGCCUGGGCUUUGUGUCCAAGGUACAAGCCUGCGAAUCAGUGGCAGACACUCUCUACAACACAGUGUGGACUUUUGGUUGUAGGCCCUACAUGAACAGCCAGAGGGCAGCGUGUGUCUGCCAGGAAGAGGACAAGGAUGAACUGUGA